AUGGGUAAAGACUUAAGCGAGGAACAAGUUUCUGCAAUGAAGGAAGCUUUCACGUUGUUUGACACAAAUCGUAAUGGUCUGAUCGCUCCAUCGGAGCUAGGUAUCCUAAUGCGAUCUUUAGGCGGGAACCCAACCCAGGCCCAAUUAAAGGCCAUUGUAGCUGAAGAGAAACUAAUUAAGCCCUUUGAUUUCACACAAUUUUUGGAUAUAAUGAGAAAACAUUUAAAGGUUGAGCCUUUCGAUCGCCAACUUCGUGACGCCUUCAAGGUCAUCGACAAGGAGUCUACGGGUCUCGUCUCUGUCAAAGAGCUUCGUCAUAUUCUUACCAAUAUUGGCGAGAAACUUGAACCUUUUGAGUUUGACGAAUGGAUCAAUGACGCUAAUGUCACCUCUGAUGGCAAGAUUCGCUACGAAGAUUUCAUCACCAAAAUGAUCGCCAAGUGA